AUGGCAGUGGAGGGGCUUUCUCUUCGCGUUUUACCAACUCUCGACACCUCCGCGGGGCACACUUUCAUGGAACCCACCAAGAAGAUCCAUGACCAUGAGGAUGUCUCGAAAUUCCUAACCAGCAAAGCUUAUACAGAUAUCAUGACAUUCCUCCUACAACUCAACAGAUCAAUGUUUCCUUCAGAACAGCCUGAUGGUACCCUGCAAACCUGGCCUCUGAAUUCGGAGGCAGUACAGUUCUCUGCACCCGUCCGAAAUUUGCAGGAAUUGCUAUCAAAACUGGAGUCGAUAAUUCAGGAGGUACCUCCAGAUACAGGUCCCCGACGCUUUGGAAAUGUUAGUUUUCGGAAAUGGUACAAGGUUGUGGAAAGUCGAGCUUCGGAGCUUUUGGACGAGUGUCUAUCGCCUGACGUUCUACGGCAAAGAUCUUCAGAUUCAAGUGGAUACACGGCCAAGGAGGAGCUCAUGGCUUAUUUCCUCGGGAGUUGGGGAAGCCCACAACGGCUGGAUUACGGAACUGGGCAUGAGCUGAGCUUCCUGGCUUUCCUGGCUGGUGUGUGGAAACUUAAUGGAUUCCCCAAAGCUGAUUCUGGGGUGGAGGAGAGAGCUAUCGUUCUGGGCAUCAUAGAACCCUAUCUUGAACUCGUGCGAAGCUUGAUCAGAACAUAUACCCUGGAACCCGCCGGUUCCCACGGUGUCUGGGGCCUUGAUGAUCAUUCCUUCAUACCUUAUAUCUUUGGCUCAGCUCAACUAUCUCCUGCUAUAUCACAAUAUGACCGGGUGCCUGAAGAGGGCUCGUUGCCAGGAGCACCAGCUCCCAGCGCAGUCGUCAAAGCCAACAUUGUCGAGAGACAGAGGAAGAUGAAUAUGUAUUUCUCCGCAAUCGGCUUUAUCUACGAUGUGAAAAGAGGACCAUUCUGGGAACAUAGUCCAAUGUUGUAUGAUAUAUCCGGUAUCAGAGCAGGGUGGGCGAAGAUUAACAAGGGCAUGAUCAAAAUGUACAACGCCGAAGUGCUUUCCAAGUUUCCCGUCGUGCAGCAUUUCCCGUUCGGCUCUCUAUUCAGUUGGGAUCAUGAUCCAAAUGCCAUCCCUCCACCAUCGUCCAUACAUACCGCGUCGGGACCACGAACUGGCGGGAAUGAACCCGCCGGCGGCACCCAGGCUCCCUGGGCGACCGCAUCGGCAGGAAUGCGAGGGGUACCUCCGAUGGGGCCUUCAGGAACGGUUGCUCCAUGGGCCACUGCAAGAGCCGAAGGUACCCAAGCUCCGAUUGUAUCAAGAGCACCUGCACCUUCUACUACACUGACAGAUACCUCUCGACUUCCUCCUGGGCUAAUGGCUCCUACCAGUGCUUCAUGGGCGCAAUACCGGCCCUCCAAUAGGCCUGCUGCUGGCAGUUCAGGAGCGGAUAUUCAAACAAAGGCUCCUUGA